GGCGCGGCACGCAGGCGGGGGCGGGUCGUGGCCGGGCGGCGCAGCCAAUGGGCGCGGCGCGAGGGGGCGUGGGGGCGGAGAGUGGGCGUGGCGUCGGCGCCUUAGCGGCUGCGCGGUGGCCGCUCUGUCCUUUCGGUCCCGGCGGCGGCAGGGCUGAGCCAGCGACGCCCUCCAUUCACUCUCCGCGCCCGCUCUCCGGCUGUCCGCCCGUUCCGCUGCCCGCCCCGCCACCAUGACGGAACAGGCCAUCUCCUUCGCCAAGGACUUUUUGGCCGGAGGCAUCGCCGCCGCCAUCUCCAAGACGGCCGUGGCUCCGAUCGAGCGGGUCAAGCUGCUGCUGCAGGUCCAGCACGCCAGCAAGCAGAUCGCCGCCGACAAGCAGUACAAGGGCAUCGUGGACUGCAUCGUCCGUAUCCCCAAGGAGCAGGGCGUGCUGUCGUUCUGGAGGGGCAACCUGGCCAACGUCAUCCGCUACUUCCCCACUCAAGCCCUCAACUUCGCCUUCAAGGAUAAGUACAAGCAGAUCUUCCUGGGGGGCGUGGACAAGCACACGCAGUUCUGGAGGUACUUUGCGGGCAACCUGGCCUCCGGCGGUGCGGCCGGCGCCACCUCCCUCUGCUUCGUGUACCCCCUGGAUUUCGCCAGAACCCGCCUGGCCGCGGACGUGGGAAAGUCAGGCACAGAGCGCGAGUUCCGGGGCCUGGGAGACUGCCUGGUGAAGAUCACCAAGUCCGACGGCGUCCGGGGCCUGUACCAGGGCUUCAGCGUCUCCGUGCAGGGCAUCAUCAUCUACCGGGCCGCCUACUUCGGCGUGUACGAUACGGCCAAGGGCAUGCUCCCCGACCCCAAGAACACGCACAUCGUGGUCAGCUGGAUGAUCGCGCAGACCGUGACGGCCGUGGCCGGCGUGGUCUCCUACCCCUUCGACACGGUCCGGCGGCGGAUGAUGAUGCAGUCUGGGCGCAAAGGAGCUGACAUCAUGUACACGGGCACCGUCGACUGCUGGAGGAAGAUCUUCAGAGACGAGGGGGGCAAGGCCUUCUUCAAGGGUGCCUGGUCCAACGUCCUUCGGGGCAUGGGGGGCGCCUUCGUGCUGGUCCUGUACGACGAGCUCAAGAAGGUGAUCUAAGGGCCGCGGCCUCCUCCCCACACACACCAAGGGAACCAAGAGAACCACGUAGAAUCCUCAACCGUGCGGACCAUCAACCUUCGAGAAAUUCCAUUUGUCUUUUUCCCAGCCGGACCCUGCCCGUAGGCGGCGGCCGGGGAAGGCUGUAGAGAAGGGGCGCGACGCGAUCCAGUCGUCGGCCCCCGAUUCCAUGUCUUGAUCACGGGGUGGGAGGGAACCAUGGCGUCCCCGCGGGCCCAUGGGCGAGGCACUCCAACACUGAGACCUAGAGUCCAGACGCUUGUAGGACCCGAGUCAUGUUUUAAGUAUUUAUUUAAAACAAAAGAAUCAUGUUUCCCAUUUGUACUUCAGCGCUAGCCCCUGUUUCUGCACAGCCGAGUACUAGCAAGUAUGUUCUGUGUUGGGCAUCCUGCUGCAAAAUAAUAAACCGAGGACACAGAGGGCCUCCUGCCUG